AUGAGGAGGUGGCUGCUGUGGAUGGCCUGGCUGGCCAUCGCCGAUGUUUCAACGGCGCAGGAUGGGUAUAAUUAUCCGGUGCCGAGCAAUCCGCUGAUUCCGGGAACAUCUCCGAAGCCGCCAGGGGGCUUCCCGGGGACAGCGACGGAUGAGUAUCCUUCGCCGGGGGGAUUCCCGGGGACGACGCCGACGACUACUUCACCAGGGAGACAACCGGGUUUUCCCACGGGCGGUUCCGGGGGUUAUCCCAGUGGGAGACCUGGUGGAAGACCUGGUCAACCUGAUCAAGGAUACCCCAGUGGACGACCUGGAGGACGUCCGGGUCGGCCUGAUCAAGGAUACCCUAGUGGACGACCUGGUCAGCCUGAUCAAGGAUACCCUAGUGGACGACCAGGUCAGCCUGAUCAAGGGUACCCUAGUGGACGUCCGGGUCAGCCUGAUCAAGGAUACCCUAGUGGACGUCCGGGUCAGCCUGAUCAAGGAUACCCUAGUGGACGACCUGGUCAGCCUGAUCAAGGAUACCCUAGUGGACGUCCGGGUCAGCCUGAUCAAGGAUACCCUAGUGGACGACCUGGUCAGCCUGAUCAAGGAUACCCUAGUGGACGUCCGGGUCAGCCUGAUCAAGGAUACCCUAGUGGACGACCUGGUCAGCCUGAUCAAGGAUACCCCAGUGGAAGACCAGGCGGACGUCCCGGUCAGCCUGAUCAAGGAUACCCUAGUGGAAGACCAGGCGGACGUCCGGGUCAGCCUGAUCAAGGAUACCCUAAUAAUCGGCCGGGUCAGCCCGGCGGUGAACCUGAAGGAUACCCCCGUGACAGACCCUCCAUUCCGUUCCCCGAUCGUCCAGGACAGCCUCAACAGCCGGGCUACCCUGGCCAGCAGCCACAAGGACCAAAUCGCCAACCAGACGGCUACCCACGAGACAGACCAGAUCAGCGACCUGGAUUCCCCUCUACGUCGAACAGACCCAAGCCAACAUCGCAGCCUGGAGUCUCAGACGGAUAUCCUCGGGACAAACCAUCAGGUCAAUUCCCAGGUGAUCGACCAGGGCAGGGACAGCAACCAGGUUUGCCGCGUCCUCAGGGCCCCGGCACACAACCGGGGCAGAGACCCGGGGGCCAGAGCCCCGGUUACCCUCGCGAUAGACCAUCAGUGCCAUUCCCAGGGGGAGAUAGACCUGAUCAACCUCAACAGCCGGGUUAUCCGGACACCUCUCAGAGGCCCGGUAGCUUCCCGGGAAAAAAACCGCCUUUCCAGCCAGGAACAAAGCAGCCCCCGCCGACAUCGUUCGACGAUUUUCCACGGGACAAGCCGGGUCAGGGGCAGCAGCCAGGUGUUCCUGGAGGACAGAGGCCUGGAUUUCCUGGAUAUGAUAGUGGAAGACCUGGCCAGGGGAAGCCUACGUUCCCUGGCGAUGACAUUGUUCCUCCUGGGCAGGAUCGACCAGGAUUUCCCGGUGGUCAACAGCCAGGUUAUCCAGGUGGUCAACAGCCAGGUUAUCCAGGUGGUCAACAACCAGGCCAACGACCCACUUUCCCUGGAGAUGAUAUACUUCCUCCGCCAGGACAACGCCCAGGUUUCCCAGGUGGACAGCAACCAGGUUACCCUGGAGGACAGCAACCAGGUUUUCCUGAAGGACAGAAACCAGGUUUUCCUGGAGGACAACAACCAGGUUUUCCUGGAGGACAGCAACCAGGUUUUCCUGGAGGACAACAACCAGGUUUUCCUGGAGGACAACAACCAGGUUUCCCUGGAGGUCAACAACCAGGUUUCCCUGGAGGACAACAGCCAGGUGAUGGCAGCGAUGGUGAUGAUGGCUCUUACGACGAAGGCGAUUACUCCGCUAUUCCCGGAGAGCCCGGUCGCGAUUAUCCGAUCUACUCUGAAAUCCCAGAGACCGGCUUCAGUUGUGACGCUCAACCUUUUCCGGGCUACUACGCUGACGUCGAGACCCAGUGUCAAGUAUUCCACGUCUGUGCUAACAACAAAACCUACGAUUUCCUCUGCCCCAACGGAACCAUCUUCCACCAGCAGUACUUCGUCUGCGUGUGGUGGAAUCAGUUUGAUUGCAACUCAGCUCCCAGUUUCUACUAUCUGAACGAGAAUUUGUACGAUUAUUCGCUUGUUGGAACGCCAUCGCCACAGGGGCCAUUUGGACCACAGGGUCCUGGGUUCCCAGGACCUGGUUUUCCAGGGCAGGGACCAUCUGGUCCAGGUCAAAGACCAUCUGGCCCCGGCUAUCCAGGACCACAAGGACCGGAUGGUUAUCCCGGACAACGACCAUCUGGACCAGGCUUCCCAGGACAAGGACCACAAGGACCACAAGGACCUUCCGGGCCUAGUUUUCCCGGACAACCUCAGCAGCCCUCCGGCCCAGGAUAUCCAGGACCAAGUCCACCUUCGGGACCAGGCUUCCCUGGAGGAGUAUCUCGGCCAGGCUAUCCAGGAACAGGCCCACAAGGUCCCUCGGGUCCGGGUUACCCGGGCCCCGGCCCUCAAGGACCUUCACCCCCAGGCUAUCCAGGUCAGCGACCACCCGGCCCUCAAGGCCCAUCCGGCCCAGGCUACCCAGGCCAGCCGCCGUCGGGGCCAGGCCCCCGGCCGCAGCGUCCAGGCGGCCCCUCAUACCUGACCCCCCUCCCCCCCACCGAUGGUUUCCCAAGUCGUCCCCCUCCAACCUCCGGCCGGCCGGGCUACCCCUCCCCGCCGGGGCCCUCGACCCCGCAGUACCCGACGACCCAGCCUGGCAGGCCCACCCAACCCGGACAAAACGGCUAUCCCGCCCCAGGCAGACCGCAGACCCCCGGCACCUCGCCGGACUACCCAAGCGGUCGGCCCUCUCCCCCCACCCCAAACCUUCCAUUCCCACCCGUAGGACCAUCGAAACCAGACCGCGAAUACCUUCCACCCCUAGCGGGUUAACUCAAGUCAUCGCCGAUAAAGAAUGAAGGAAAAAAAUCCAUCGAUGUCAACCCGCCAUCAGCAUACCCACCUGUUGGCGCUGGUCCCUGAUAAGACAAAGGGCCUCCGACGAAAACCAGGUGGUGCAGCCCAGCUGCAUCGAAAUCAUCGCCAGAGUCUUGACAAUCAGAACCAAUUUUUCAGUUUUUUUAUCCCCAUUUUUUAAUGAAUUGUCCAUACGAGGAGAACUCCAUCGACGCUGAGAAUCCUCCUCGAGUAUUAAUUUACAAGAACGUAUUUAUUUAUUCAGCUUUCCUAGAAUCUAGAGAAAAGAAACAACGUAUGCCCCUAGAGUUACCAUAAACAGUUGGGACGAUCAGGAUGUGUAUCGAUGACUCGUAAACGACGUAUUCCCGGGUGAAAGUGAAUGCUGGUGUCUUCCAUAAUCCAAGAUCGUAAUCCCGGAGUUACCUGCAUACGUCACACUGAAAUACGAUAUGCAACUUGUUCCCGCUGAACAAUAUCAUCUGCGGUUAGGCAAUACAUUAGGCAUGACGUAAUUGUAAUGAUAAUUAUACAAUUAUAUGGUGAUUGAAAAAUAUGAGAACACAAACGUUUUUGUAACAAUGGUUUUGAGACACCUACUCGUGGGAUGCCAUUAUGUAUGAUAUUUUAUACGUGAAAUAAAGAUAUGAAAGACA